AUGCCCGUUUUUCCUCACGAGGGGGCUUUGGCUUUGUCCGUUUCCGACUCAUUAUCUCCAAGAAGCCCGCCACCACUGCACACAGAUCCCGAUGUGGACGUUUUGGCCCCGGACAGCCUCAGCCCAGCGUCAUCUCCUGCACCGGUCUCCGCAGAGUCCAUGCCAGGGCUGUUUCCUCCGGCCUCCUCACAGGUCACCUCUGUCCUACAGUCAGUUCGGGAUUUCAAGCAACCCUUCUUCCUGGACAUUUGCGCGGGAGCGGGCUCGCCGCUCAGUUCAGCUUUCCUGGAGAAGGGGGUACCUUGUUUGUCUAUAGACAUUCUCAUUGACACAAACAUGGAUCUUCUCCAGGACGACUUCUUUGAACAUUUGCUGCGCAUUUGCACGUCCCGCCAGGUGUCGCUCGAACAGCCCCCCAACAGCAUGGCCUGGAUGGAGCCGAUUGCGACCAAUUUCUUGGCAGCCAUCAGCGCGGAUCUGGUCCACGUGGGGACCCACGUGGCUUUGCAGGGUUUGCGUGAUGAGUCCGGCAAUUUUUGCAGUCGGGCCUCUGCAGAGUACCCCCCCCUUUUAGCAGACAUGUAUGCGGAGCAAGCCCUGCCCCUCUUCGACGUGGAACAAGGGGGAGGUACUGCCCUUUCUUUCGCCACGGUACCUUUGCUUGCCAAACCCAAGGCCCUUCACGAGGCUCCCGUGGCUUUGCAGGAUGGGGCCGGCAUCCUCUCCACGCCAGACUGGAGCGCACCACCCUCGGGAGCCACAGACGUGUUUGCACACCUUAGGCCUAAGCUAAUGGCCUUUCUUCUUCAGGGUCGUUUCCCUCAGCGCUUGCGCACUUUGGUUUUGGGGGGAUCCGCGGAACCUCUUUUCUCAAGCUCGGAGAUAGACGCCCUGCGUUGCAUCUUCCAGGACUGGCUCUCCGCACAUUUCCCUGGCAUUUCCGUCUCCUGGGAAAUAUCCGCAGAGCAACCAUACUGCCUCCAGGCUCUGGCAGCUGUCUCACGCAUCUGUCAAGAUCGAGACGUGUCCCUGUUCACCUGUCUGGAACAGGGAGUGCCUACUGGCUUUGACGGGGACAUGCUUACUGUGGCAUACGUGGACGUGGAUGGAGAAGGUCGUGAUGGCUACGUGGUGAUCCGGGUCAAGCUGGUGUCCAAGCACCUGCUGUGGGGUGGCAUCAGUGUCCCGUGUUCCGACGUGUCGGAGCACCUGGAUGCCAUAUGCUUUGGAGGGGGCCAUCCUUUCGAGCAAUCACUUGGCAUUUGUCAUGGCAAUUGGUCCAGCGCUGAAGCGGAUCUUCCAACCCUGCAUGCCUUAGUAGAAGAGGAGAUCGCCAAUGGGUGGUUCUUGGAGCUAGAUUCUUUGGAAGCGGCUCAAGAGCGUUUUGGCGACAAGCUGGCCAUUGGAAAGAUGUCUAUCGUCAAAGCUGAAGGCAAAAAGCCGCGUCUUGUGGUUGAUUCCACUGUCUGGGGCACUAACCCGUCUUGCUCGAUCCCCGAGACGUACACACUCCCGGGCAUUGACGAUGUUAGGGAUUCUUUCCCUUUGCGGUGUCACUCUGGCCUCUGCGCGGGGUUCGCUUUUGACAUCAAGUCAGCUCACAAAACGGUUCGAGUUCGCGACUCGGAUCAGGGGCUUCUCGGGGUCUCCCUCCCGAAGAUUCAAGGUCCUGGCCGUCGUUGGCUUUUUUACCGCGGUUGUCCCUUUGGAGCGAACUUCUCGGCCCUCUGGUUCCAGCGACUUGGAAGCUUUUUCCUUCGCACUUUACACCUUUGGACCUGGCUCCGACACGCCCUGCUGGGCUACGUGGACGAUUUUAUCCUGUUUCAGGACCAGGAGGUCAUUGGCCUUACAGCGUGCAUGACACUGGCUUUUUGUGCUCUGUUCAACAUACCCCUGUCCAAUGCCAAGUUACAGCUUGGCAGCUGUGUCCACUGGAUAGGCUGGCAUUUUUCUUUCGGCUCUGGCACUUUCUCUAUUCCGGUUGAGAAAGUCCAGAAGUUAAAGCGCCUGUUGCAGGAAGCCUUACAGGGUCGCCAUGUCUCGAAACGGACCCUGGACAAGGUCACCGGGUUGCUGCAGUGGUUUUGCAAGCUGUACAAGCAUUUUAAGCCCUGGUUGCAGACCCUGUACACUGAUGCGAACCGUCCAUUGGCCACCAACUACAGCAUUGAUCCUGGCGAUUGGCCCGGCUUGGCCAUUUGCGUUAACGAGGGGCUUGUCUUCACCUCCACACCGCCGGGCACGAGCAUUCCGACAGGCGCUAAGCUCAUUGAAGCCAGGCACUUGGCCCUGCAGUCUAAGAAAGACCUUGCCAAAAUUCCCACCUCGAAACGCAUUUGGAUGAGAGUGACGGACCCCUCCACCACUCGCCGCAAGCUUUCAGUUUCCAGCCGUGAGAGCCUUCAGUUCUGGCUUAAGUGGUGCGAGGUUCCACCCCUUUUCUUUCCUUUGCAGAAACCUGCGGACGUUCCCAUUGUCUGCGCCGCCGCCGACGCUCGCGCGGAUGGGGACCUUGUCGGGAUAGGGGGUUUUAUCGAAUGGCCUUCACGCCAAAUUUCGUGGUUCAGCCAGUCAUGGCGUGUCCCAGACCUUUCUUCACUGGGUGUGCCUUUGCAGGUGCCAGCUCACCAGGACAUCACAUGUUACGAGACAUUGGCACAGCUUGGCCUCAUUCUUUGUCUCCAUUCCGUGGUGCCCUUGGCACGCUGGACAGUCCGUCUCCGCACUUUGUCCGACAACACAGGCCGGUACUGCUGCUUGUCCAAGUCCGUUACUUGCGAAGAAAACUUUUCCGCCGCCUCCCCUCCUCCUUCCGUCUUCCGUGCCGCACACCCGUACUCGCUGUGGCCUGCGCCCUGGCUGGACAGAUUGGGCCAAUGUGUCCCCUCUGCCCAGUCUGGGUGUGAUGGCUCCACUCCCUGCAUUCGACGCUGCCGGGUCCUCGCCAACCACUUGGCGCUGACGUUGUGGUGCCGGUGCGGCAGGGACGAACGGACUUGCCAAGGCAGUCGGCAGGUCGAUGCACGGGAAGCGCUGGCGGCGUCGGGCCCACUGCUGGCAUCGCGGAUGCGGCUCAGCGCAGUAACCAGCGCCGUGCGAACAGCCAAGAGCAUGAACAGCGAUCUUUGUGCUGCUUGCGACGUGCUGGCCGGUGACCGCAGGUUUGUCUCCCCACUAGCACAAGAAGGGCGCCCACCCGCGAGCUACGCGAGUCGUAAGCGGGCAACAUACCCAGAGCUGUGCCGCCACGGCCGCACAAGCUUGCGGCCCGCCACGUGCCAAGCUAGCGUCCACAGAUGGACGCUGGCGGCGCAGCGCGCGUACGCCUCGUCACUCCUUGAGCUCCCGCUUGUAAGCGCGGAGCAGGGCGAGGGCGACGCGCCUCCCUUGAAGGACCUUUUGAGCAGCCCACAGACGCAGCAGAUCAAAACGCCCCGGCAUGCCCCGGCGGCGCGCAAGCCACGCAAGCGAACGAGGCUGUGGACGAAGCCGACCGCGUCCUCAUUCCGCCGGCUACCCGCUGCCGACCGACACAAUGAGUUUGUACAGGCCGUGGCACAGCUCCAGGUAUGUUUCCCGCUUAUGCACGCUUACGACUCGGAGCGUUGCACCGCACCACAGCCCACCCCGCCCCCACAGAUGCGGACGCCCCUGCCCUUUCCUCGCUGA